CUGCUUGCUUCCUGUUAUCGUUACUAAGUGCAGCUCGGACAAAAUGGCGGCAGAAGUCAAACUACAUCGCAUAGUUUUCAGGCUUUCGGCGCUAGUUUUAGCUCUGCUUGUAGCCGCUUCUGAGCCGAAAGAUUCUGGUCGGACCGGUCCCGAUGUAGCAGACGACAUAACACGUCAACAACCAGGGGAUUUGGGCAAUAAUAACUUAGGACUACAGGAUGUGGUGUUUAUAAUCCAGAGCCAGAGGUACAGCUACCACGCAAAAAAGGCUCACCAACUCAGAGAAAAUAUCAGGCAGCAAGCUCAAGAUGUGCAACAAGAUCCCCCAACUGUUGUGGUGCUACAUGAGGAGUGGAGAGGCCGUGGGGCUUGGACCAUCUUUCCUUUUCUUCCUAAAAUAUCCCAGUCCUUUGGACAGAAAGCUGCCUGGGUGUUCUUUUGUGAAGAUGACACAGCUGUGAAACUCCUGCCAUUACUAGAUGUGCUCAGGAAGUAUGAUGCCACAAAGGAGUUAUUUCUAGGCCGUGCUCUUGUUGACCAGGAGGCCACCAUCAUCCACCACUUUGCCUUCCAUGAAAAGCCUGGGUCCUUCUCUUACCCAGAUUUCUCUGCAGGCUGGGCCCUCAGCGCUCCGCUACUCAACAGGUUAGCAAAGAGAUGGUCUGAGGAAAGUCACCAGGGUGAAUUUACAAUUGAUCCUAAACAUGAGAUAGCCAUGUACAUCUAUGACAGUGGGAAUGGAGUGAAACUCACUGAUGUCCCCCAGUUCUGUGCAGGUCCACAAAUUGAGGAUGAAACAUCAAAGUGUGUGACAACUUUUCCUUCAGAAUUGCCACAGUGUGGAGAUCCAGUACCACAAGAGAAAGUGUUCUUUGCUGUGAAAACCUGUGAAAAAUAUCACAAGGACAGAGUGCCUGUUGUUCAACAUACAUGGGGGAAGCAAGCCAGGCAUAUAACAUACUACAGUGACAAAGAGGACUCUACCAUUCCAACAGUCACUACAGGGGUGCCAAACACUGAAAGAGGCCACUGUGGGAAGGCCUAUGCCAUCAUGAAACAGUUUCACACUUAUGAAAACCUGAAGAAGAUGGACUGGCUGAUAAUUGCAGAUGAUGACACCUUGCUAAGUGUGCCCAGGUUACUGCGUGUCCUCAGCUGCUAUGACCCUUCCGACCCCAUCUUCUUAGGAGAACGAUAUGGCUAUGGGCUGACACGAGGGGAGGACUCAGGCUAUGCCUAUAUAACAGGAGGGGGAGGAAUGGUGUUGAGUAGAGCAGGUGUGAGAACACUGAUGUUGUCCAGCUGUGGUUGUCCAGCUGAUGACUCCCCAGAUGACAUGAUCCUGGGCAUGUGUUCUGAGAUGACAGGUGUCCAGGUGGUGCACAGUCAGCUGUUUCAUCAGGCUAGACCUGCCGACUAUUCCACAGGAUACCUAUCCCAUCAGCCGCCUGUGUCCUUCCACAAACACUGGAACAAUGACCCUUACAAAGUGUAUAACAAAUACCUGCUGACGGAUGGUGAGAAAUACAAUCACACCGAGCUUUAGAAGGUCUGGUUCUUGUAGACUAAAGCCCCUGUCACAUAUAGCCGA